CGUACAUUACGGCGAACGUGUUUCCUCGCGUGGAACAUUUUCUACACGCAAAGACCUACCUAAGUGGCCUGUACGUCACUCAUCAAUCGGUGAGGAACGCGGAAAGGCAAGGCGCUUGACACGAAGAGGAUCAGUACAUCGCAGGAGGGUCUCUGUACAAGGUGUCUCGGAGUCCUGUCUUAUCUGUGCCUUCGUGUGCUCUGGGGGUCCGUUUCUGUGUUGGGCGUCGGGGUGAAGGGCAUACUCUGACAUCUUUUCCUGAUAUCGAAGAAAUCUGUGAGUGGUCCCAAAAGAUGUCUACGUGGUGGCAAGCAGUGCGGGUGUUGGCAGGAGCUAUAUUGCUGUCAACGCUGGUGUCAGGGAAGGAGCUGGAGAACCUCGUGAACUUCCGGCAGAGGGAGUGUCGCCAAAGGAUCCCGAGAGGAGACGUGGCCGACCUGCUCCCCGAGUCGCUCCAGAAAAUCCACCCGAGGAACCUCAAGGUACUCAGUCGACAGCGGCGUUUCCUCGCGUGGCCAAGUGGCAGCACCUUGACCGUCACACCAGCGUUCUCCAUACCUGUGGCCAGCGACGACUUUCAGAGCGUCUCCAUGUACCUCGCCCUCCCCUUCAUACUCGACCUCCCCGACGCUCCCCUCCGGCUGAUCAAGAGCGAGUCCACUACAGCAUCGCCUUAUGGCUACGGCAGUUACGCUAAUACAGCCGAUACUCGCUACGAUAGCAGUAACAGCAACGGCGACAGUAACCAUCUUGGUUACGGGACAGGAAGUAGUUACACUAGUUAUGGCGGGUAUGAGCAGUUUAAUCAUUAUUAUGGAGAUGACAGCCAUUACGGAGGGUUUGGCAAGCGGUCGAUCGAUUCGCAUCGACAGGCGGGGUUCAACGUCAUUCAGAAUGGACUGGAGAACAUGGGUUUGCCUGGGAAGUCGUGUCUUCUGCGAACUGUGUGUGAGGUCGCCAGGGAACCUGUGACUGACCUGGGCGUGGUCGGGGAAAUCCUCAACUUGCUCUUUGCGGCUGGCUACGGCGAAGGGUCAGAAGCCAUGCACGAGUACGUGGUGGCGGAGGAGAAGGGGCGUCGCGAGGGAGACUGCGAGGGCCGCUACAACGAGUGUCCCUUGGGCGUGGCCAGCCUCAUCCACAGCGGCGUCUCGCAUCUCUUCGCCGGUCUCGCGAGCACGGGCGUCCAGGGCAGCGGUCUCCUGUAGCUUUUCUUUUGAUCUUUUAUUUAUUUGAAAUAUAUGUAUUUAUUUUUUUCAUUCUUGAUU